UGAGACUUGAGACUUGAGAGUCUUGUUGAACCUUAAAAACCACGAGGGUAAAGAGUAAAAAAAAUCCAAUCCGGUACAGUUUUCAAAACUGCUCAGCUUUUUCUCAUCAUCUUUAGCAAUGAAGCUGCAGAAUAAGAUGCAGAAGCAGUUAUUAUUAUUUUCACACUCACCUAACACUCUUUACUCUCUUCUCCACUCCCCAUUCUGCUGCUUGGCUUUUGUCCCUUUCAAUUCCCCUGUCACAUGGCCUCACUUUGCCUCCCUGUAUUAUUUGUUUUGGCCUGUACUAAACCUUGGAUGCUUAAUUGGAGUUUAACUGGAUGCUUUUGCAGUUUUGCUUCAUAUGGGUUCUCAUCAACAGUUCUCCAAGUCCAAUUUGUAGAUAAGCAUUUCUUCUUUUAAGCUUUUAAUUUUAUUACAUUGGGAUUUUUUUUCUCACUAAUUGGGAGCCCAUUUUGGUUUACUUCUUGAGCAUUAAGAUGUAGGGUCUUGUUUAGUUGGUACCCUUUUCGUUUUCCCACAUUAAUUUGCUUUCAAAAUGGUCACGACAAUGUGUGGUUUUCGCCUUCUCUAAAAAAGGGUUCUUUUGGUUCCUGGCAGUUCGCAUUAUGGCUGCUCUGUACAAAAAUAUCAUGAAAUGUGUUGCGGAAAUUGUUGCUUGUCAUUUGUAACUCUACUGGUAGUCUUCAUUUGGAUAUUCCUACUUCGUGAACUGUUUGGAUAGUUCUGUUUCCCGCGCCUAUUGGCCCAAUGAUUGUCAUAGCUAGUUGAAGUUGACGUUCUUCAACCCUUGAUUGUGUAAAAUCGACUGAACUUUGUUCUGGUUGUGGAUAGAAGGCAUUGAAAUUUGGGAAAUGAAGUGCAUUUGUUUGCUGUUGUUAGUAGUAUUUGUUGAACUGGCAGUUGGACAAUCAGAUUUGGAAACCCUUUUACUGCUGAAGAAGGGAAUACAGGGGGGCCCUUCAGUAAAUGUUCUUGAUUCAUGGGAUUCAAAAUCCUUCUCUUCUGAUGGCUGCCCGAAGAAUUGGUAUGGUAUUAGUUGCAGUGGAGGCCAUGUAACUUCGAUUACGCUGGAUAAUGUGGGGUUGACUGGGGUCUUCGAUUUUACUGCUAUUGCCGGGCUUAAAAAGCUUCUCAAUUUGUCAAUUUCUAACAAUCAGUUCAGUGGUAGUAUCUCAGGGGAGCUUGGAUUGAUUAGUGGUUUAAAGUAUUUGGAUCUCUCAAACAAUCAGUUUAAUGGGACAAUGCCACCUGAACUGAUAAAGUUGAGGACCUUGGUGUUUCUGAAUUUCUCUCUGAACCAUAUGGAAGGCACAAUUCCCUCUGGUCUUACUACUCUUGAGGAUUUGAAGUAUCUAGAUUUGCACUCCAAUGGUUUUACUGGGGAUGUCAUGGAUCUUUUAGCCGAUUUGGGCAGCGUGCUUCACGUUGAUAUAAGCAGCAAUAAAUUUUCUGGAUCCUUGGACUUAGGACUAGGAACUGCCAACUUCAUAUCUUCAAUUCAGUACUUAAAUGUUAGCAACAACAACUUGGCUGGUGAACUAUUUCCGCAUGAUGGAAUACCGUACUUUGAUAAUCUUCAGGUUUUUGAUGCAACAAAUAACCAAUUUGUUGGUAACCUGCCAUCUUUCAAUUUUGUGGUUUCUCUUCAAGUACUGAGAAUCGGAGGCAACCAGUUGUCUGGAGCUUUACCUGAAGCUCUUUUGCAAGAGAGUUCAAUGGUCUUGUCUGAAUUAGACCUCAGCCUUAAUCAGCUUGAAGGUCCUUUAGGAAGUAUCAGCUCUCUGACAUUGAAGAUCGUAAAUCUGUCCUCUAAUAGGUUCUCAGGACCUUUACCUUCAAAAGUAGGACACUGUGUUGUCAUAGAUUUAAGUAACAACAUGUUCUCAGGAAAUUUAUCCAGAAUACAAAGUUGGGGAAAUUAUGUUGAGAUUCUUGACUUAAGCUCCAACUUACUGACUGGAACGUUUCCAAAUCAGACUUCCCAGUUCCUCAGGCUUGCUUCAUUAAGACUUUCAAACAACUCAUUGGAAGGUGUCAUUCCUCCUGUCAUAGGAAGCUACCCUAGAGUAAAAGUGAUUGACUUCAGCUUAAAUCACUUUAGCGGAUUUCUGUCUCUCUACCUUUUUAAUUCAACUGAACUGACUGAUAUUAACCUAUCUUUCAACAAUUUCUCCGGCACCAUACCUGUAGACUUAAUGGCCCCUCAAAAUCCUAAUUUGCUAUCACUUAAUCUUUCACACAAUGAAUUAGAAGGUCAUUUACCACCACAACUAGGAGUAUUCCAAAAUUUGGUAUACCUUGACCUAUCUAGUAACCAUUUCGAGGGAGACAUCCCUAAUGUUCUCCCUGAUAAACUGAUUGGCUUCAAUGUCUCAUACAACAAUCUUUCUGGUUCGGUACCAAAGAACUUGCAAAGAUUCCCGAUUUCUGCAUUUCAUCCUGGAAACACCUUUCUCAAUCUCCAAUAUCAGUCCUCUGCUCCGAUAAGUGGACCGAAUAUGAACUUGAAGAGGCAUGGCUCCCAACUCAAUCCCGCUACUAAAAUUGCACUCAUUGCAGGGCUGGUUGGUGGUGCUUCUAUUAUAGUUUUGUUAAUCUUUAUCAUCUUCUGCAAGUUCCAUUGCCAAGAUGGCAGCUGGUUAAGUUCAGAUGGGGUUAAUGGAAAGAAAGGUAUUCAUUCUCCAGUUCCUGUAUCUUUGCCUUCAUCCCAAAUGGUGCAUGCUCGUGACCCUGCCAACAAUACAGCAAUUGCACCUGAACUGAAAGAUCUUGGACAGGCUGAAGUGAUGUCAAAAACUGAUGUUAUAGCUUCUGAUUCGUCGCUGAUGACUUCUGCUAAUACAUUGCCAUCUAACAUCCAACAGCUGCCGGAAUCCUCUGCUCCACUAAAGGUUUCAUCCCCAGAUAAACUUUCUGGAGAACUCCAACUCUUUGACAGCUCACUGAGAUUCACUGCUGAAGAACUAUCUUAUGCUCCUGCUGAAUUUAUUGGAACGAGUUGUCAUGGGAAACUUUACAAGGCUUCACUGGGUUCUGGUCAUGUACUGGCUGUGAAAUGGCUUAAGGAAGGGAUAGUGAAAGGAAGGAAAGAAUUUUACAGGGAAGCAAGGAAACUAGGCAACAUCAGACAUCCAAAUUUAGUUUCUCUUCAGGGCUAUUACUGGGGCCCAAGGGACCAUGAGAAGCUGCUUCUAACAAAUUACAUAGAUGCACCAUGCUUAGCAUUUUAUCUCCAUGACAAAGAUAACGAGAGGCUGCCUCCUUUGUCUUUGAAUGAACGACUGAAAAUCGCUGUUGAUGUUGCUCGGUGCCUGAACUAUCUUCAUAGCGACAGUGUAAUACCUCACGGGAACCUGAAAUCUACCAACAUUUUGGUUGAAGUUCCUAAAUUUCAUGUGCUCUUAACGGACUACAGUCUUCAUAGGUUAAUGACUUCAGCUGGUACAGCUGAGCAGGUGCUCAAUGCAAGUGCCCUUGGCUAUCGUCCACCUGAAUUUGCAAGCACUAGUAAACCAUGCCCGUCAAUGAAAAGUGAUGUAUAUGCUUUUGGCGUCAUUUUAUUGGAGCUCUUGACUGGACGAGAUUCGGCUCAAGUUGUUGCAGAAAACGCUGACACUAUCAUUGACUUAACUGAAUGGGUGAGGUUAUUGGCCAUAGAAGACCGAUCAACUGAGGUCUUUGAUACAAGGAUUCUAAGCGUGCAAGAACGACCACUCAAAGCUCUUGGUAGCAUGCUUCAAGUUGCUCUUAGAUGUAUCCUUCCAGCGGACGAGAGGCCUGACAUGGUGAUGGUUUUCGAAGAUCUUUCUUCAAUCGUAUCAGAACAUGCCCUUCAGAGGUAGAGCAAAUUUGUAUACCAGUAGUCAAUGAAAUUUAGUAGGUUUCAUCUUGUGAUUCAAUUCUUUGCUAGUAAAUUAUUCCUCUGUUCCAUUUGUUUCUUGCACAGCUUUUAGGUCAUGUUUUAGAUUUGUGUUCAUAUGGUAGUUGUGAGCAGGGACAAGUUUGUUAUAUUAGUAUUAUUCGGAAAAAGAGAAACAUGAAGUUUUUCACAGGUUUAAUUAGUCGAUUUUCACCCUCACCAGAAGUGAAGAUUAUGGGUAGGAUUUUACUCCCACUGUAUGUGUAAUUAAACCAAUGUCAUUCUAAGAUAUUGAAAUCACGAAAUCAACCACAACUUAUUCAUCCGAGUACUAAAU